AUGGGAAGCUGGGCAUAUUAUAUUACAUGCGUACUACUUGUAUUUCACUUCUUUGCCACUAAUGAAGCUGCAGCCGAAGACAGCUUACCAUUCAUCAGUAAGCUUUACAAAUGCGUGAACAAUAAGUGUAUAAUAAGUGAAUUUCAAGACGAAAGGAAGGAAACAAAUGAAGUCAAUGAAUCAAUAGACGUUUGCCGGUUAACCUGCGGGCAAUAUGGGUCACUUUGGCCGAGGCCGACUAAAAUUACUAGUAUAAAAGAUCCAGUGAUUAAAUUUGGGCUUGACAAUGUUGUAUUUAACGUAUCAUCGGUGGCCGACGAAUUAGGAAAACAAUACAUGACUGAAGUAUCUCAAGUUUUAAUGUCAUCGUUAAAGAAAAUUUGUGAGCCACGAUGUAUUCCGUACGACAACAACCUGACUGUGUUCAUAACCACAGCCACUCCUUUUACCAAUAUUAAGCUGUCGACAAACGAAAGUUACGAAUUAAACAUUUUCACCAAUAAUUUGACCCAAAUAACGGCAAACAUUACAGCACGAACCGUGUACGGUGCUAGAAACGGAUUGGAAACAUUACGACAGCUAAUAACGACGUACGGCCGGCCUAAAUUUGAAGGCAAGACACUGGUGAUAGCUGGAGACGUACAAAUUGUCGACGACCCAGCGUACGCAUAUAGAGGAUUCAUGCUGGACACCUCGAGGAAUUAUUUCCCACUUUCGGCGAUCAAAAGGACAAUCGACGCUAUGGGUCAUUCCAAACUCAAUGUAUUCCAUUGGCACGCCACCGACUCUCAUAGUUUCCCAUUGGAUUUGCCUAGUGCUCCGCAAAUGGCAAGAUAUGGUGCAUAUAGUCCCGAAAAAAUAUACUCGUAUGCAGAAAUCAAAGAUCUCCUGAGGUACGCAUUAGUUAGAGGUGUUAGAAUAGUUAUGGAAAUCGAUUCACCAGCGCACGCAGGGUAUGGAUGGCAAUGGGGCAAAGAUUCCGGUUUCGGGGACAUGGUGAUUUGUCUGGGUAACCACCCAUGGCAGGAUUAUUGUGUACAGCCACCGUGUGGACAACUUAAUCCAAUAAACAAUCACACUUACACGUGGUUAGGAAAAAUAUACAAAGAUUUGAUCGACGUAUUUCCCGAAGGAGAAGCAUUUCACAUGGGUGGCGAUGAGGUUGCUGUAAGGUGUUGGAACACAACAGCCGAAAUUGUCGAUUGGAUGAUGUCUAAUAAACGAGGUUUAACUGAAAGCGCAUAUAUGGAUCUAUGGUCCGAGUUCCAUAAUAAAGCCUUAGCUGUGUACGACCACGAAGUAGGCAAUUCAAAUUCGGAAAUAAUUGUUUGGUCUAGCGGAUUGACUGAUCCCAAUAUCAUAGAGAAACAUCUCGACAAAAAACGAUAUACUAUUGAAGUUUGGGAAGGAAAUACAGAUGCUGUUAACUUAGCAAACUUAGGUUAUAGAGUGAUUGUGGCCGUAGAAGAUGUCUAUUACCUGGAUCAUGGAUUGCGGCCUCCAACCACUUACCAUUCGUGGAAGGUUAUUUACAACAACAAAAUGCCGAUGACCAAUAAUCCCAAUCUCAUUUUAGGGGCAGAAACUAGUAUGUUUUCCGAAUUCGCUGAUGAUUUUAAUUUGGAUAUUAAAGUUUGGCCAAGAGCUGCAGCUUUAGCUGAGAGAUUAUGGGCGGAUCCGUCCACUGACGCUUUGGCAGCCGAGUACAGGCUAUUGCAACACCGCGAACGACUUGUAUCAUUAGGAAUCAGUCCGGAUAGAAUGACUCCAGAAUGGUGUAAUGAUCGUGAAGGCGAAUGUAUUAUUAGUUAUUGA